AUGGCAAGACCUUCUUCCAUAGAUUCAACUUUUGAUGGGGAAAUUCGAGUUGUGCUGAUUGGAAAGACUGGGAAUGGGAAGAGUGCGUCUGGUAACACCCUCCUGAACCAAAACGUGUUUGCUUCAGUCCUCUCUCCAUCUUCAGUCACUUCAGAGUCCCAAAAGUCCAGAGGGACAGUCCAUGGGCGGAGGCUUGCUGUCAUUGACACCCCAGGGAUCUUUGACACCAAAUACAAAGAAAAGGAGGUUGUGCAAAAGUUGAAGACGUGUAUUUCCAUGUCUGCUCCUGGACCCCAUGCCUUCCUCAUUGUGAUAAACCUGACACGGUUCACCGAAGAGGAGCAGAAGUCAGUGGAACUCAUCCAGCAUUUGUUUGGGCCCAAAGCCACAGAGUACUCCAUGGUCCUCUUCACACAUGUUCUGGCCUUUGCUGAAGCGGGUGUGGCGAUUGGCACAGGGGCAGGUACUGUCUGCGGUCCGGUCGGUAUGGGUGUGGGGGCAGUGGUGGGGGGUCUGGCCGGGGUCGCAUUAGGAUUGGUACCAGCUGCAGUAGUCGCCAUCAAAAACCAGUGUGUUACACAGUAA